GCUAAGCCCAAUCAAUAACAAUAACCGACAGCCGCAGCCCGAACCGUUUAUUCUGUUUUAUUCACCCUCCGGAGUCCGGAGUCCGGCCAUGGCAACAGCCGCUCCCUCCACGCCUCUGCCACUUCAGGACCGGGUAGCGAUAGUGACCGGCUCUUCUCGAGGUAUCGGGAAAGCCAUAGCUCUCCACUUGGGCUUACUCGGCGCACGGCUCGUCAUCAACUACACCUCCAACAAGGAACAAGCCGACCUCGUCGCCGCCGAGCUCAAUUCUUCUUCGUCAGCUCCACCGCGAGCAAUCACCGUCCAGGCUAACGUCUCCGACCCAGCCCAGGUGAAGACCCUCUUCGACGAGGCGGAGAGGGCCUUCGGUGGCUCGCAGGUCCAUAUCCUGGUAAAUUGCGCUGGCGUGCUGGAUUCCAAAUACCCUUCCAUCGCUCACACUUCCGUGGAAGAUUUCGAUCAUACAUUUGGUGUGAAUACUAGAGGGGCGUUCCUUUGCUGCAAGGAGGCGGCGAAUCGAGUGAAACAAGGCGGCGGAGGGAGGAUAAUCCUGCUAUCAUCGUCGAUGGUGGGUGGUUUGAAACCAGGGUUUGGAGCCUAUGUAGCUUCAAAGGCAGCUGUGGAGGCGAUGGUAAAGAUUCUGGCGAAGGAGCUCAAGGGAACUGGGAUUACUGCCAACUGCGUGGCUCCUGGUCCGGUUGCCACGGAGAUGUAUUAUGCUGGGAAGUCCGAGGAGAUGAUACAGAGGAACAUUGAUGAGAGCCCGUUAGGCCGAAUUGGUGAACCAAAGGAUAUUGCUACAGUUGUCGGGUUUCUGGCUACUGAUUCCAGUGAAUGGAUCAAUGGACAGGUAAUCCGUGCCAAUGGUGGCUAUGUGUAGAACUAGAGAAGAACCAUUUGUUCAAAACUCCGAUGAAUGGUUGGUGUUGUGGGGAAAUAUGGGUUGCGGGAAUAGAUCAGCAAUGCCAUGGAGUAGUUUGAUAUGUCAAGCUAUGGGGUUCUAGUGUUAUCUUUGCAAGAUCCCUUACACGUACUGCUUAGCAAUAAUAGUGGGAAGUCUGGAUUUGAGUGGAAGUAGGAUUGUUGUACUUUACUCAGGUUGAUGCUUUAAUGAUAUAGCCUUUUGAACAUAGACUCUGUUGAUGCUUAAGGUACAAAACGUACAUCUCUUACUGUAACCUACUCACUUUUAGAUUGAAUUCAUUCUUCCACGAGUGCUUGGCUCGUAAGAGCAAGUGAUCUUGGUAAUAGGCUGUCUGCCAUGGUCAUGCUCGAUGGACGCUGGCUCAUCUCCUGACAAAAAUCACUAGUCAUUCCUUCCACAACAGGUUUCAUCAAUUCCAACUAAAGCCAUUCAAGUCAAGCUGUUUGCAGCCUGAAGUAGCAUCAAUCUCAUCGUGGGAGUUCAGGUCCAGCUUUGUACCGAAGUAAGGCAAUGGAUAUCCUUGUGACAAUUUUUCCUUCUCUGGGAUGACUGAAUCUGACUGCUUGUUAGUUUGGUCAGGGAAUAUGUCAGUCUCAGUCCUUCCUUUGUAUCUUCCUUCAGAAAACAUAUUACUUGCAUUCCCUCCUGCAUGGAGUCCCACACUCAUGGAUAAAUCACUAGCGCUUCUGUCAGUAGGGAAAACUCUCCUUUCGGCAGUUUUGCCAAGAGAUGAUAGAAACAUAUUAUUAUUUUCUUUCAUGUCUUCUCUCCACCUGAUGUCAGACUGCUGUAGCAUUUUCCCUUCAGGAAGUUCUUUUGCCUCCAAGAGAUUACUACUGAUGUAGGGCCUCAAUCCCAUCCCUAUGUUGUGCAUCUCUUGUUCCUUUUGGGAUCCUUCACAAGAGGUGAGACAGCUGUCAAUCGAACAAUCAUUUGGCUGGUUUGUUUGUGUGUGCUGGGGGCACAGACCCUGCAGUUCUUUCAGCUCUGAAAAUGAAGAACUGAGACACUGAGUAGAUACUCUCGAGACGAGUUCUGAGAGUUGAACUUUGGCCGCCUCAAGUCCUACUGCACCUAAGUUCUGCUUCCCGAGGGUUUCCUGUGCUUUCUCAAGCACUGAUUGUAGGUCUGGUGUCCAUUUAAGUCUUGGCUUUGCAUCUGUUGAAAGGACAAGCCCUGAGUCUCCUGGGCCAUUCCCACCUUGCAGGAACAAAUGCCUCUCUGAUGGGAUUGGUAUUCUUGAAGAAGGGUGCAUGCUCUUGCCUUGCUGAUGAUGGUACAUAUCUAUCCCCCAAGAAAACUGAAUUUUGAUGUAGGGAGGAGAACUUACACUUGAUAUUGCAAUCAGGAAAAAUGUCUUCUUUACCUAAUGCCUUGUCUUUUCACAGUUGAUCCAAUCUGUUACAGCCUAAGAAGUUGAACUUGUUUAAGAAACACUCUUCUGGGACAACCCAACUGCCUGGUGUUUCCCCCCCCCCCCCAAAUAUGUGAUUGUUCUGUUUGCUCUUCCUUGUUCUCUUUAUCCCAUGCCCAAUGCAUACUGACCAAAGGUCUGCUCUACUAUGUCCUUAUAAAGAGAUGAGAUGGAGGAAGAGAAUGGGAAGCUAUAGACGCAUAGAAUCUUUGAUAAAGCCAACAUAAUGC